AUGGAGAAACAACCACCAACAGACUACAAAGUCCCCGAGGCGACUGCGAGCGCAACCGCAACAGGCGCUGCGGCUCAACCCCCGGCCAACACCGUCAACCCCACCCACGGGCUGAACCGUGACGGUCACGAUGCCCACGACACCGGAUUCAAGUACCACAUCCCAGAAGCGGGGCAUGAGCAGUACCAGUACCAGCGUGAUACCACCGGAGUUGGAGACGACAGACCACCAAUGCAAAACACCAUGGGCGAGCGACUCGGCAGCGGAGUGAGGGGUGUUUUUGCCAGUGUCCAUGGCGCCGGCGAAUGGCUUCGCGGCGGGAUAAACGCCGCCGUGGACAGGACGUUUGGUAGUGAGGAGGGGGUUAGUCGGAACGAAGCGAUUUCGCGCGCGGGUCAGGAGGAGAUUCGGUCGGGGAGAUUCAGUAAGGACUCGCAUGCGGGGGCUUGGGACAAGGUUAAUCGGGAGUAA